AUGAUUCUAGGAAUGAAUAUCACCAGUUCAGUCUUGGCUAUAUCAGGGAUCUUAAUCAAUGCAAUAAGCUUGACAUUUUAUUCAUUCUGUUACCAUUACUGUAACCACGAUCAGUUGUCAAGUAGUUGUUACAUGACUAUGUCCAUUUUAUUGGAUAUGGAUGGCAUGGUGCUCCUCUUAAGUGUGCUGGAAUUCUGCAUUGCUGUGUCCCUCUCUGCCUUUGGAUGUAAAGUGCUUUGUUGUAGCCCCAGUGAGGUUGUGUUAAUUCUGCCAUCAAAUUCUCACAUGGCAGAAACAGCAUCUCCCACACCACUUAAGACAUUUUGA